AAGUAGGUACUUAUACUUCAGGUAUGAUACCUCUAUUGAUAUUAGCAGCAACAGUAGUUAUGACUAGUGUUCUAACAUCACUUCACCUAUACUCACAAUGGAAGUUCACCUACUGGCAGAAGCGCGGAGUACCCCAACUGAAUCCAAUUUUUUUAUAUGGAGACUGCAAGGAUCUGGUGAAAGGCAACAAAUCUCUUGCAGAGUAUGCGUUGGAAAAUUACAAGAAAUUCAAAGCUAUGGGAGUGCCAUAUGGAGGGAUUUAUAUAGCUUUAAGAGGGAUAUUGGUACCGAUAGCUCCAGAAUUAAUUAAGGAUAUUAUGAAUAAGAAUUUUGAGUGUUUUACUGCUCAUUUUUCAAAGAGGCCCAAGAAAAUAAAUAGGAUUUUGAACAAGAAUUUGUUUAAUAUAGAAGGUGAAGCAUGGAGAGCUACCAGAAAAAAACUAACUCCUACGUUUACAUCGGGAAAAAUGAAAAUGAUGUUCGAAACAUUAUUAGAAAAGACACAGGGGUUAGAACAGUUGGCAGGCAAAAUAGCAGAAUCUGGAAAACCUGCAGAUAUCAGGGACGUCUUAGCUAGAUUUACUACAGAUGUAGUAGCUAGUUGUGGAUUUGGCCUGGAAUGCAACUCCUUAAAAGAUUCAAAAUCGGAAUUUUUAGAGCAUGGAAGACUGAUAUUCACUCCACCAAAAAUUAAAGAUCAUAUUUUGAGAAUUUUACUUAAAGCAUUACAUUUCGUAUCGCCACAAAACUAUCAAGUAUCCGAAGAUUUUUUCAGACAAGUAGUUGGAGAAACAAUUGAAUACAGAGAGAAAAACAAAAUUCACAGGAAAGACUUCCUGCAUAUGAUGAUACAACUGAAAAACAGGGGCGUAGUUGAUGAUGAUAUAAAUGUUUUUGAUCAUAGCGCUAAAAGUGAUGGCACCUUUGAUUUGGAUGACGUUACAGCUCAAUGUUUGAUUUUUUUUUUAGCUGGAUUUGAAACUUCCGCAACAGCAAUGACAUUUGCUCUCCUCGAAUUAUGCGAGCAUCCAGAAAUCCAAGCAAAAGUCAGACAAGAAGCCGAAGAAGUCCUGAAUAAAUACAAUGGCAGAAUGACUUACGAGGCUAUGCUAGAGCUGAAAUAUACUGAGCAAGUUAUCGAAGAAACCAUGCGAAAAUAUCCCCCUGUGGGUGUUAUUCCAAGAGUUUGCACAAAAAAAUACACAAUACCUGGUACUAAGACGGAAAUAGAGCCUGGAACCAUGGUGCAUAUUUCUGCCUGGGGUUUACAUACUGAUCCAGAAUAUUUUCCAAAUCCACAAAAAUUCGACCCCGAAAGAUUCACAGUGGAAAAUAGGAGAAAUAUUAAAGAAUUCACUUAUUUACCCUUCGGCGAAGGACCAAGGAUGUGCUUAGGUUUACGUUUUGGGUUAAUGCAAAGUAAAGUAGGGUUGGUGUCUUUACUGAAAAAUUACAAAUUUACGUUAAACGAAAAAACACGCCUUCCUUUGAAAAUGGCGAGAACUGUCAUUACAUGUGUUGAUGGGGAUGUUUGGGUGAAUAUAGAAAAAAUCUAAAAUACAUAAUUUCAUAACAAAUAUGUCUGUUAUUGACUCGCAUUUUUGUUUAGGAUUUUUCCAAUUUCAAUUUAACCUUAAAUUGCAUUUCUCUCAAGAACAUGAUUAAUUUAUUAUAUACCUACCUGACCCCAGCUGUCCACCGCAUCUAGAUGAGGAUUAAUUUUCUCUAGUCAUAACAAGCAAU